AUGGUAUUCAUAGUGAACGCCUCCCUGGAGAUGGGCGUGGGUAAGAUCGCGGCACAGGUAGCCCACGCGGCGCUCGGUAUGCAUCAGCUUCUCCUGCAAGACGAGCACAAGUUCGGCGAAUCGCUGAUCCGGUGGUCGGAGUUCGGGGAGACGAAGAUUGUCCUGAAAGGGGAGUCCACUCAGCACUUGGUCGAGCUGGAGAAGCAGGCGCUCAGUGCGGGUCUGCCGUCAUAUCUGGUUCAGGACGCCGGCAGGACUCAAGUGAAGGCCGGCUCCACGACUGUCCUCUGCCUCUACGGACAGGUCGACGCCGUGGACGCCGUGUCCGGGAAGUUGAGGCUCUUGUGA